AUGCUCAGCGGCUCGCUUCCGCACAUCUCCGCUCAUCGACGACAGGUCUCGCCUUCCAUCUUCAACGGUAGCCAGACUGAGAACCUUGGCUCGGAAGUCCAUACGCCAGCCCAAGCUGACAGCGCCGACGAGAACGUCGAGCCAAGGCCCGAGGCCCUAAGACGUGUUUCGGCAUCCAAUUUACAGCCGGCGUCUGGCGCGGCGGAAGCUCACAGCGACGACGAGAUUGUGUCGUGUCAGUUACCACCGAACCACUUGACCAAAGAGAAGAGGAUUAGUCUGAAGCUUCGCAAUCAGCUGAGAUCCACCCCCACACCGACCCAGCUGCGUCAAGUACAACCUAGCUCCAAUAGCCAGGAAGAAGGGUUGCCAAAUCCUUUGCAAUGGAGCACCACCAGAAAUGUAUCCAGAUCCAGCAACGGAUCACCGCGCCCAUACAAAUUUCUACUUGAUAAUCCAUUUCCAUCUCUCGAGUCUCUCACCCUGAGCGGUGGCAACGUCGAGAACCUUCUGAACAGUGAGGUUCCCUGGACUGUCGGGCGCUCCUUCAGACAUGGGUCACUCGAGUUGGACUAUUCCAGUCGAGACGCUACCUGCGCCGCGGUCAGAAGCACAUCGUCCUCAUAUCCAACCGAGGGUCAGCAUUCCUCCGACGAGACUGCCAGCCCUCCGCGCGGGUCGUUACGUGAUCGGUGGUUUGUGUCGUUAGGCCGGUUCAGCAAGCCAUAUGGUAGACUUUCAUUGCUCUUUAGGACAUCGUCCUCCUCAGGAUAUGGCCAAAAGGCACAGGAAACAUCGGACGAGGAGAACAAAUCUAAACAGGAUACGGUCACCACAGUAGAUAGUUCUGACGAUGUUUCCACAACCUCAGCUGACGAACCCAAAGACAACGCUAUCUCCCGAACCGAUGAGACGACAACUGCUGGCAAUUGCAUAUCGAUUCACCAUGUCCCCGAGGUACAAGAGAUUGCUUCUCUAUCCCUGGAUGUGUAUAGACCUUUCCCCAAGGUCGAGCCUCCAAUGAGGAAUAUGGAAGUGGUGACUCCUCGGAAACUACAGAGAAGCAGCAUCCAUGGGAAUCUUUUCGAAGGCUUUGAGAAAGUCGACCUUGAUGCAACUGCUGUUUCAAGGGAACCGCUCUUCGGGGCUUCUCUCCAAACUAUGGACUGCACAUCGCAUCAGGGCAGCAGAUCCGCCUCCGAUAGUGCUACCACCAUUCAGAAGAGUGAUGGAAAGCUCAUCAUGAAAAAUCCAUCCGAAACCAGUCUAAAGUGCGAAACUCAAAGUCGCUCUGACAGUCGACGCCUGCGGGGCGGCGGGCUAAAGAAGCUCAAACUCAAGCUGGAAAACAGCCGGCUGGGCAGAUACUAUCGCCACAAAAUGCGAAGAUGUAAUUCGCAUGAAAUCGAUAUAUCUGACGGUCAGAAACGGAAAUGCACGAUGCGCAAGGAAAAAGUACACUGGUAUAAGCCAUGGCGUCGCAUGAAAUGGUUCAAGGGCGCACAGUACCGCAAGGGACCCAGGCCAGCCCACGGUACUCCAAGGACCCAGAGCUCUGGUGACGGAGCCUUUGAAUAUGCAAUCAUGCACUCAAGCGAAGAGUCAAAGGGUGUGCAGACAAGUACCCAGAGGCAGGGCUCCCGGUUUCGGACAGAAUUUGAAGAAAACAGAGGGCUAUUGAUAAACCAAGAGGCAAAUGAAGGCGCGUUGCAUCGUGCGACCUUUCUGACAGGCAUGGGCAUUCAUCUUGAGCAGAUUGUUGAGGUGUCAUCCGAGUUUGAGCGAAGCAUACAAGAAGAAGCAGUUGGUACUACUACGCCGGAGGCUUCCCCUCAUGAGCAGCAACCAUCUCACCCUCUUGCACGGAGUUCGGAAAUGCUCGAUACUGAGAACACAAGAGUAGAUGAGCCACCGGCUUCAAAUGUCUUGGGCGAGCAAACGGAUUCGAAAGUUCAAAUUUCGUUGGUUCCGGGGUUGACCAGUGCUGAUACACCUGUUUCUGGAAUUCAAGGGGCUGCAACGCCAAGCCGGUCUGGUUCUCGAGCCGCUACUGAUGCGAGCACGGGAAUCGACAGCCUAAUGAAUGAGGACAAUUUCGACGACGAUGCUGACUACUUGAUUUCAACUGAUUCCAUCAACUCAGCCGUUUUCCCCUUGUCAGAGCCCAUUCGUGAGCACAAUGGUAUGGCUGUGGGUUCAUCUUUGACGGUGUGA